AUGCAAACAACUGUACUUUUUAUUAUGGCGGCUCUGUGCACCGUAUCAUGGGGUUGUGUUGAUUUGACUAAUCCAUCGAAUGGUGUCAGUGAUUGUCCAAAGAUGGCUUCUUACUGUACGAAUUCGGUAUACUUGACUCUUAUGAAAACUCAGUGCCCCAAAACCUGUGGAUACUGUACAUCCUCAUCGUCCACAUCUUCCACAACUUCAUCAUCAUCAACUUGUGUUGAUUUGACAAAUGCUAGCACUGGAGUCAGUGAUUGUACUAGAAUGGCUUCUUACUGUACCAAUUCCAUAUACUUGACACUCAUGAAGCAACAAUGUCCAAAGACUUGUGGAUACUGCACUUCCGGUUGAAUUCAUGAUUCAUAGAAUUUCAUGUGGCUCGUUGAAAUUGUAAUAAAUUUAAUACUGGAAGUUAAUAAUGGGGACUGAUAAUAAAUAAUGCACAUAUC